GUCAGUCAGACGGAUCUACAGUGUAGUAGUUCUGACACCUGCGCUGCUCCAUUGGAAGAGGGAGAGCUAGUCUGAUGCCAGACAUGGUCCUGAUGAGAGGGACGCUGUCAGUGGCCCUCUGCCUGCUGCUGGCGUCCGUGGGCUCGGGCUGCGGACCAGGCAGGGGACACGGGAAGCGGAGGCACCCCAAGACGCUGACUCCGCUUGCACUGAAACAAUUCAUCCCCAACGUGGCAGAGAAAACCCUGGGGGCCAGCGGCAAGUACGAAGGCAAGAUCAGCCGCAACUCGGACAGGUUCAAGGACCUGGCUCCCAGCUACAACCCCAAUAUUAUUUUUAAGGAUGAGGAAAACACCGACGCCGACCGGCUCAUGACACAAAGGUGUAGGGACAAACUGAACUCUUUGGCUAUUUCAGUCGUGAAUCAGUGGCCCGGGGUUAAACUUCGAGUCACAGAGGGCUGGGAUGAGGAUGGUCAUCAUUCGGAGGAGUCUCUGCACUAUGAGGGCAGAGCGGUGGACAUCACCACCUCAGACCGGGACAAGAGCAAGUAUGGCAUGCUGUCCAGGCUGGCUGUGGAGGCGGGCUUCGACUGGGUCUACUACGAGUCCAAAGCCCACAUCCACUGCUCUGUAAAAGCAGAAAACUCGGUGGCAGCUAAGUCUGGAGGUUGCUUCCCUGGUUCGUCCAUCGUGAUCUUGUCAGAUGGAAGGACUAAACCAUUGAAGGAGCUCCAGGUGGGGGACAAGGUGCUGGCUGCAGACCAACAAGGAAAUCUUGUUCCUAGUGACUUUCUUAUGUUCAUGGACCAGGACAGGCAGAUUAUGAGAGAUUUCCACGUCCUGGAGACUGAAGAGCCACGCUGCAGACUCACACUGACGGCAGCUCACCUGGUCUUUGUUGUGAGCAACAACAACAACAGCACCAACAGCCGCAACAUUAGGGCCAUGUUCUCCAGUAAUGUCAAAGUAGGACAGUGGCUUCUUGUUGUUGGGAAAGACAGUACAGACCAUCUCAUCCCUGCAAGAGUGACAAGAAUUCAUGUGGAGAAAUAUCGAGGGUCUUAUGCACCCGUAACAUCUCACGGAACCAUCAUAGUUGACUGGGUUUUGGCAUCUUGCUAUGCGGUAGUUGAGGACCAUGACCUUGCACACUGGGUUUUUGUGCCAGUCCGACUGUGGCGCUCAUUCUUGUCCCUGGUCGGGAUGGUGAAAGAACUCAGCAGUGUGUACCAAACAGAGGGUGUCCACUGGUACCCAGAGCUCCUCUACCAUGUGGGAAGCUGGGUUCUGGACAGCAGCUCUUUUUACCCACAAACAGGGCUUUAAAUUGACACCUGCCAACCUGCCAAAUGCGGGUAGAAAUGAAUUGUAAAGUUUCUAGCCAAUUUGGCUGGUGAUGAAUGAAGUAAAACGUCUGUUGGAUUCAGCAGGCUGCAGAAACGAUGCGACAUGUAAGUGUUGCCAGAUCGGUUUUCCGCUAAGAAAUGUGGGUGGUUGUGUGUGUGUCUUGGAAACGUAAUCUUUAUCUUGCAACACUGCUUGUUGAACUAAUCCUACAUUUAACCGUUGGAUACGUGCCUAACGUGUGCGGUAUCAAUUACGAGCUACGCUGAAACGGAGAAGACUAAUGGCACGGUGCGAAACAAACCAGAGGAGCUGAAUUCAAGUAGAAAAGUUAAUUAGGAAAAAGAAAAGAAACCAGAAGGGCAAAAUAGGACUUCUGUAGACACGGGGACAAUACGGAUGAAAGAGAAGGAAAGGAGAAGAAUACGAGGACAUUUGAAUUCUAAAUGGUCAGGUCGUAGGUGGCUCUUAUAUUCAUAAACCUGGCUUCUGGAAAAUCUGGUUGGUAACUUUAAAAAUCUACUAGCCAUGUUGGCUGGUGACCAAUAAAAUGAAGUCCAUGCCCUGCCCACAAAGCUGAGAUAUAGAUAUGUGAAGCCUUGCAAGACUGUAGAUUAACAUUAAGAGAGUAAAAAAAAAACGUUCCAAAGUAUAGACUGUAGAUUAAACGUGACAGAGUGUGUGUGCUAAGACCAAACAACUUUGCCCUCGUUGACAAAGAUGUAUCACUCUUUACACGCCUCCUAUGUACGAGUUUGUAUGAUAACGUAUGAAAACUAUUGCACCGCAUUUCAUAGGAUGUACUACGAAAUUACAGCAACCGCAGUCCAGUCAUGGGAUGACUGCUCGCAUGACAGUUAAGUUACUGUGAGCUGGUUACAGAGCACCGUGAGGUCAUUGAUUUAGCGGCCAUAGUUGAGUUUGGAUUAACAAUCCAAAUAAUUAGAUAUAGUUUACAUUAAUCAAAUUCAAUUAUUUGAUAACAGUUACAUCAAUAUGAAAUUUAACAAUUUGAUUUGGAAGUGUUGAAGCAGUUUUUUCAAGUCUGUCGCUGACGGAAAGAGUAAGUAAGUUAAAGUAAUGUUGCUUAAAGCUGUAGUGUGUAACGUUUUGAUAUUCUUGAACGUCCGUUACAGCUCCACGCAACUCUUCGUAUUUGUUAGCAUAACUAUGUUCAGAAAAUGUCUCCUUUGCUACUAGCAACUGCGUGGAGGAGGGGUGGGGCCUGUGGGCGAUCACGGAAGGCUUGUAUCAUGUGGACGCGCCAACAGUUUUGUUGCCAUUACACUAUAGCUUUAAAGAAAUUUCAAGUAAACUUGAUUGUGUGUAAAAGGUAGGUCAGUUAAAACACAAAGCCAUCUAAAUGGGGUCUAAAACACGUUUGAAGUAACAAAAUGGCAUGCUAGCAGUUUCUUUGCUUCCUGUCUUUAUGCUAAGCUAGGCUAAACACACACACACACACACACACACACACUCACUCUCUCUCACACAUACAUGUGAGAUGGUUCUAAAUAUGUAUGUAUGUAUAUGUGUAUAUGUAUGUGUUUGUGUCCUGUGUUACGGACAGAAUGGUUGUUAAUGAUCUAUGUGCUAUAUGAAAAUGUUAAAUUUGUUAAAGUGUGUUUAAGAACCAUGCUGAAUGAUGUAGUAUUAUAUGAAUCAUGUAUUUAUGAAUGCAGAGUUAAUGUGAUUGUUAUAGCUGACUGUUACAGCCAAUUAUAUUUGCAUGGAUGGACGGAUAUGUUGGAAUGAAUACAUUAUAUUUUUUAUACAUCA